AUGGACAUUGACAAUCGGAACGAUCGUAAUCGUCGGCUGAGCGGCGCGUCGUGCGAAAGGAUAAUUCUCUACGUGGACGAUUUCGCGGCGGCAACCGGCCAGGACCUGUCGUUGGGAUUCUACAAGUGUGACAAGGAUAUUUACGCGUUGAUGCCCGGCGAACCGGAUGGCGCGCGAAUGAGUCGUCGCUCUAGUCUGUAUCCACCCGCUCUCGACAGUCUGGGCCUGCAGCUGGACGAUCGUUCAGGCCUUUAUCUCCUCGACGCCGGCGAUAGAUCACCCUCCCCUAAUCUGUGCUCUCAGACGAGCACCCCGAGACGCUCGAGAUGCAAUUUAGACGUCGAUCAGCGUUCGAGCAGACGCUCCAGCAUGCAGUCGAGUCGCUCGAGGACGAACAGCUGCGGCAGACCGACUCCUCUAGGGGAUGAUAGAAGAGCCAGCGUUAGCAGGAAAAGCAGGCCACGAAGGGCAAGCACCGCGACUCUCCCUCGGAAGGAUUCCGUCCGUCCAAUGAAGACGGACGUUAGGCAGACGCCGAAGACACUGGAGGACGCUCAGCAACUCGAGCAAGCGAGGCGUCAUCGGCGGAUCGCCAUGAUCGUCCUCGGCACCUUCAUCUUCCUUCUGGCGGCCUCGGUGCUGGUGGUGGUGAUCACCUUGACGCAAAGCAGCCACCUGAGUCCCGCAUCCAUCCUGAGAGAGCAGACCGAGCGCAAUCUGCGGAAGGAGAACGAGGAGCUGUACAACUCCCUGAACCGAGACAUUUCCGUGCCCGAGAAUGUCACGGCGCCUCCCUAAGACGGGGUGAAUUCUUCCGGACGGAAAUGCACCGUUCGUCCGUCGAUCUCGUUUCGCUCCAGCCACGUCGGACGCGAGGUCCUCGCCCCGCGCGGACACUUUUCACGACGACGGGCAACGCCGCUCGAGUCGGGAAUCAGCGUCGCCCAUGCGUUUCGUUUUACGGAGACGCCCGGGUGAUUCAGGGGAGAAAUUCCGAGACGAUGGUGAGAGGAAAAGAUCGACAGGUCUCGGAUCAGCGGCACGCUGACUUAGAUGUAAUUUUAACGCAUUUUAACGCGAUGCUCCAGAGACGCGUCCCUGCAUACGUGUACGUCGCGGGUGACGCUGCGACGAGCUCGCGAGAAGUCGCGAUCGACGAUUGUAUUGUCGGCGCGACUUCGAAAUCGUCGCGUUGGUAUACAUGUACACUCGCAUCGAUGCAGACUAGGUGCCCUCAAUUCCGGCGAACUUUGCCUCAGUAGAAGGGCUCGCUCCGAUCAGAGACGCAGAAUACAAUCUGAAUUAUUCGCGAAGCUCAGUCAAGUUGACCGUUGAAGCUCAACACUUGAACUUGAUAGCGAAAUUUUUAUUGGGUUGAACAAACGCAAAUUUCACAACGAGUUCGACGAUUCUAACGCGGUAAUUAAUCAUCGUUUAUCUCGCUCGCCAGUUGUCACAAUGCGAAGCGAUUAAGAGCGCCUGGUCCGCGUGGAGGCGAGCUGCAAUUUUUCAGAAGCGCGAUUACGAUCUUCGACGAGAGUUCGCGCAGUUUUGUUGCGAGGUUUAUUCCGACGAUACGUCGCACACCGAAUGUCAACAACGAAGGAACGAGUUAAGCUGGAAACACGUGAAGAAACUUGAGCAGUAAAACUUGAGAAUUUCAACCAAUCGGUAUUUUCAGCAUUGCUUAAGUUUCAAAAUGGCUGUUUACGUUCUCGACAAGUCAUUUCCCUGAAGACCGAUGGCAGAGAACGAUCAGUAAAUCGCUUUAACACUGUCUUAGUCGUAAGGCAAGGCAGAGAAGUCGUGAAAGGCUAUUGAAAUUAGCCAAUCACGUCGAGUAUUCUUUUCGACCUUAAGGCCCUUGGUCCAAGUUCUAGUUUCGAGAAUUGUGUAGCCAAUCAACUUGCAGCUUUUAUAGAAUAGCUGCAAGUUGAUUGACUAUACAUUUCUUGGGACUAGAACUUGAACACAGUUCUUGGAUGGUGGACAUAAAACUUAAGACGGUCUUGAGCGUUUAUGAAUCGUUCUCUAUCAUCAGCCCAGGUCUUAAAUUUUACUGCUUAAGAUUUUUCGUGUGUUCGGGUCUUUAGAAGCCACGCGAGAGGACGCGGUGCCCAUAGACGUGUGGCGUCUGACCGUUCGUCAGCGAAGAAUCGGCGGGUGCAUGAGACCUCUCGUCUAUUCGCUUUCUCGGACGUGAGAGGACGUACACUUGUAAUCACUCAUGCCUUCCCACAUGAAUUUAGCCACAGAUAGAACACGUAUACAUUUUCCAUGUAUGUAUAUGCAAAAUGUAUAAUUAAUAUGUUGAUAUGUGCACAAAUUCAUGUGGGAAGGCAUCGGUGAUUCCCAGUGUACGUGGACGGAAUUAGGCACGCGCGAGGAAUCGAUCCGCGUGAGUGUCGUCGCGCGGAUACGCGAGUCCUUCGCGGGCUUUUCCAAGCGGAUCCAAGCGAGAAAUCGUUCAGACACAACCGACAUAAGUAGGGCGUAGAUUCCUCGGUGCUUUUUUACAUGUCUUCCAGGACGACAGAGGACACGAGCUCAACGAACGGGGGCUCUCGGGGCUCGCCGAUUCCUCGCGCCGGCGACGGCCUUGGACGUUUUCGCGCGUGUAGAAAAGCUGUACAUAAGAACGUUCGUUAUUAACAAUCGUUUGUAGUUACGCACACCGCGAGGAUAGUCGAGAUAAGGGCCAAAUUUUGUUGUUGUCAAUUGUAAGAUAACUUGUCAUAAGGGAAAAAUAGCCCACCGAGAUCACGCGAAACAGAGGCGAGGUGAAGAAACGGAGCGCUAUUGGCGUACGGUUAUUAAAACGUACCUGCGUGUACGCGCGCGUAUGUAUGUGCACGUAUACCUGUACGUUAUUCCACGAGUAAGGAUACAAUUGACGCCUCGCACGAAA